UAAAUUCAGAAAGAAGAAGACGAAGAAGAGCUCGGCAUGGUUACGCAUGUGAUUAUUUCGAUGUCUCGCUUAUAAUGCCGGGUUUGUUUAUAGCUUGUUUUGAAUAAACGUUGUUUUUUGAUGAAGAGCAUUUGCGAUAAAUAAUGGAAUGCCAGGGCAGAGAUUUCCUCAAUUCACCUCCAAUGAAAACUGUGCGUUUUGGAGGCAAUGUUGCCAAUACUUUAGCUAAACUACAACAGGGUGACUCAAGUGACUAUGAACUGAUAAAACAUCAACUCUCAGAUCCUGAUAUUAAGGAUGCUCAAAUUAUCAGCUGGUUGCAGGAAUUCAGGGUUUGUGUCACUCAACUUGGAAAGGAUCACGAGCAAUUAAUAUAUGUUGUUUUGAAGCUGCCAUGGCUCGGUCGCAGUCAGGCUGUCGUGGAAGAAUAUCUGGCUUUUCUGAGCAAUCUAGUGUCGGCCCAGACGGUAUAUCUCAGACCCUGUCUUGGAAUGGUCGUCUCUAAUUUUGCACCAAAGAGAAUAAGAAUACAAGAGGGAAAUGUGGAUAUUUCAGAUUCUGAUGACGAAGAUGAAAAUCUACCUAGGACCUUUGAUCAGUGUCAUCAAGCCCUACAGCUGAUUACGAGAUAUGUUCCAUCAACCAGUCGCUUCCUGAUGCCAAUCCUCUCUGAAAAGUUUCCUUUUGUGCAGAAGUCCACCAGAACACUUGAGUGUUACGUGCACAACCUGUUGAGGGUUACGGUCUACAUCCCUGACCUGAGGAGAGACAUCUUAGAGCUCAUCAUCAGCAAGAUGCUCACACUAGAUGUUAGUGCACCACGGAGUGAGAUUGAAGAAGUGGAAAGUGGAGGUCAGGAAGAUGCCAGUGGAGCAUCGCAGGAUGAGUGCCUCUUCAACAUGGAUGAGGAAGAGGACUCUCCACUGAAUUCAACACCUGAUGGAGCUGUAAUGGUCCAUCCCAUGGCAGAAAGACUGGACACAAUAAUGACUGUCCUGCUGGCUUACAUUAAAGACGUGUGCUAUGUUAAUGGCUCUUUAGAUAUUGAGAAAACCAAAGCUUUGUACAGAGACCUGGUGUGUGUGUUUGAUAAGGUGGUUCUUCCCACUCAUGCUUCCUGUCACGUGCAGUACUACAUCUUCUACCUGUGCAGCUUCCAUCUGGGUUUGGCUGAAGCUUUUUUGGAUCACUUAUGGAAGCUGUUACAAGGCCCCAACCAACCCCCCAUCCUGAGACAGGCCGCUGCUGGGUACAUGGGCAGCUUCAUGGCAAGAGCCAAGUUUUUGCCAGUGUCGACAGUCAAGGCCUGUCUGGACCUGUUAGUUCCCUGGCUGCACCUUUACAUUGACAGUCAGGACACGGGGUCCAAAGCAUUCUGUGACAUCAAUCUCCACGGCCCCUUUUAUGCAGCCUGCCAGGCUGUGUUUUACACACUGAUCUUCAGGCACAAUGUCAUUCUUGAGGGCAGUCUGAAGAAAGGGUUGGCGUAUCUUCAGGGUUUGAAUCUAGAGCGUAUAGUGAUGUGUCAGCUCAACCCUCUGAGGGUCUGUCUACCUGCUGUCACCAACAUGUUUGCAGCCAUCACCAGGAAGUACCAGCUCGUGUUCUGUUACACCAUCAUUGAGCGGAACAACCGCCACUUGUUGCCUGUGGUGAGGAGUUCUGUGGGCGGCAACUCGGUGUAUGCUAACACAAACCCCCUGGAUACCUUCUUCCCUUUCGAUCCAUAUCUCCUUAAAAGCUCUGGAAAAUUCAUUGAGCCAAUUUACCAGGUGUGGGAGGAGCCGUCCGACUGUGUGAUUCAAGUGCCCAAAAAGGAAGCGAGAAAGGGGUCUAUGGAGGAGGAAGAUGACUUUCUGCAUGGAGAAACACCUCAUGGAGACUCAAUAAUGGGCAUGACUCCGGGCUCUUAUGACUCCAAUCUGCACAGUCCGCGGAGCGUGGGCUCGCCCCCCAUCUCCUUCCUCCAGCGGCCUUUCUGAUCCACUGCUGUAGUGAACAGCUGGUCACAGACUUCACGCCAUGAAGGUGCUCAAGGAAUGCUUGUGUUAGCGCAGAUGUUUCUCUCUGACGCACCAGCAUUACUGACCCGAGUGUUUGUCAGUAGUUUUACCCUCUACUACACUUAAAGACUGGAUCAUAUAAUACAAAUAUGUGUUUGUUGCAUAUUUUAGCUAUAUACGUAGUAGAAUGAAAGACACAUUGGUUCUUUCUGUUUUCAGGAGACUCUCCAGACUAUUGUAAUUAAAUUAUCACUGAGAUAAUUAGCAUUUUUAAAAAAUAUUUUCAGCUUAUUCUGAAAGGAUUGGAGAGUUUGUAAUAAAUUGGUGGUGUGUGUUCAUUGGUAAAUGGGCAUCACUUUCCAUGUUAUAAGUUUGAGGUCUGAUUAAACCGUUGUCUCUUUGUACAAAACGUUUUGUAGGAAACCGACCGUCAUUUAAAGAUGGAGUUCUCUUAUUUGUUAUAUUAUUGGAAUUUUUGGACUUGUCAUAUUGUUCUGUACAAAUUUCACAACAUGCACAGUGAAUAUGUUUUGAGUGUUGUGUUUGUGCUACACUCAAAAGAGUUUUGAAAUUUGUAAUCUGUAAAAUAAUUAACAUGAAAUAAUGAAGUGGUCAUGCUAUCUUGUUAAAAUGUUAAAAAUGUAAUUAUUGACUGUUUUACUAAAGGUUUAUUACUCUAUUUAUUUACUUUUUUAAAUAUAAUUU